UGAAGCAGACGCGCAGUGUAGGCUAGUGUGGUCCGUUAACGAGGAAUUCAUGCCAUCACCGUUUAUCCAGCGGCCCGUUUAUUUCCCUCCGGAUACGGAACACUCCAUCAAUCCACACAUAGAGAACAGGCUCAGCCGAUCACAAGCCGGGAUAACGCACGCUGCAUGACCUUGCAUUGAAUGUCAUUAGACGGGUUUUUUUUAAAGCACCGACACGGUCACUGGCCACAGCCAUGGAGAUUGUCACACAUUUCAUUAAUGACACCAUAGAAUUCUACAAAUGGACCCUAACUAUUGCAGACAAGCGAGUGCAGAAAUGGCCUCUGAUGGACAACCCCCUGCCUACGCUGGCCAUCAGCAUCUCCUACCUGCUAUUCCUCUGGCUGGGGCCCAAAUACAUGAAGAACAGAGAGCCCUUCCAGCUCCGCAAAACCCUCAUUUUCUACAACUUCAGCAUGGUUUUCCUCAACUUUUUCAUCUUUAAAGAGCUGUUUAUGGCAGCACGGUCAGCGAGCUACAGUUACAUUUGUCAACCAGUGGACUAUUCAGAGGACCCCAAUGAAGUCAGGGUGGCAGGAGCUUUGUGGUGGUAUUUCAUCUCUAAGGGCAUCGAAUAUCUGGACACAGUGUUUUUCAUCCUGAGGAAAAAAUUCAACCAGGUUACUUUCUUGCAUGUUUACCACCACUGCACCAUGUUCACGCUCUGGUGGAUCGGCAUCAAAUGGGUGGCAGGAGGACAGUCAUUCUUUGAUGCACACAUGAAUGCGGCAAUCCAUGUCUUGAUGUACCUGUAUUAUGGCCUGGCCUCCUGUGGACCUAAGAUCCAAAAGUACCUGUGGUGGAAGAAGUACUUGACCAUCAUCCAGAUGAUCCAGUUCCACAUCACCAUCGGCCACACAGCCUUGUCCCUCUACGUCAACUGCGACUUCCCCCACUGGAUGCAUUACUCCCUCAUCUGCUACGCCAUCACCUUCAUCAUCCUCUUCGGCAACUUCUACUACCAGACCUACCGCCGCCAGCAGCCCAGACGCGACGCCUCCUCCAAAGCAGGCAAGGCCCUCUCUAACGGGACCCUCAACGGGCUCAGCAAGGCCGCCAACGGAGCAGCGCUGACGGGGAGCAAAGAGGAGAAGCCCCAGGAGAACUCUGGGAGGAGGAAGAGGAAAGGAAGAGCUAAGCGAGAUUAGAGGAAGAGGAGCGAGAGAGGUAGAGGUGAGGUAGGGCCUUGCUUUGGGUUCUAGGUUGACAGUGCUAAAAACAUUAAAGACUUCAUCUGAGUACGAUUUAGAUGGAUGGAUGCGUUAAGGCGAGAUGUGUUUAUUUAAGCCAUGAUCUGAGUUGUUGUAGAUAAAAUAUGAGACAGGCUUGUGUUGAGAGAGGAUCAUUCUGUUAGUAAGAGGUGUCAAAUGCCAUGCCCAAGGUGGCUGUUCUCACAAAUAACCCCAAAUACAGUUGUGUACGUUACGGUACGGGAUAGAUCUUACAGUAGUAUUCCCUCUCUUUAUUGUGGUGCCAAGUACUGUAGUUCUGGUUUAAAAAAGUGACUUUCAGCUACUAAUAAAUGAGCCUGGAAAGGAAACAAAGAGUCGACCAGGCCCAUUUGGCAUGCUGGGAAAGCUACUUUAAUGCGCCUGAGCUGCUUGAAAAAGAUGAUAUACAGUACCAUUUUUAUUGUUACUGCUGUAUUGAGACAGGAAUACACAUAACACGUGCACACAACCAUUCAUUUAUAUUUGAGCUAUUAUUUUUUGUUCUUCACCUUUCCAGAUAUAACUGAUGAUAAUGUACAGUACCAUGUCAUUUUUGUCCUCAUCUUAUUCAAGUUGUCAUUGAUGUUCCGUGAGAGAGACUUACGUUUACAGCUCUUGUUUACUGAAUAGACACCUCUGCAGUUGUCCACUUAUUUGUGAACAUUGAAUUGUCUUAUUUAUUCUUAUUUAUUUCUAGUUGUGGACUCAGCUGCCACU